AUGAAAGAUCCAUUUUUCUUGUCAUCUGCGAACCAACCAGGACUAACUCUGGUUACUCAACAGAUCACCGAAGAGAAUUAUAACUCAUGGAGCAGAGCCAUGAAAAAGGCCCUCAACGCUAAGCACAAGCUUGGAUUCAUCAAUGGUUUGGUAUCGCGUCCAGAUCCUGAACUUGAUGCCGAACAAUUCGAGACUUGGCAAUGUGUAAAUGACAUAGUUAUCAUCUGGAUUCUCAAUUCGGUGUCCAAAGAAAUUGUAGCAUCCCUGGUUUAUACUGAUUCAGCGGAAGAGCUGUGGAAUGAUCUCAAAGAAAAGUUUCAACAUGGCAAUGGUUCAAGAAUUUUUGAAUUCAAGCGAGACUUAGUGAACUUGAGUCAAGGGUUAGAUGAUUCCUAUGCUCAUAUUCGAGGACAGAUUCUAUUGAUGGAGCCUCUACCAUCAAUCAACGAGGUCCUAUCCCUAGUAGUUCAAGAAGAGAAGCACAGGGCGAUUGGCGCUUCCUCACCCCAACUCAACUUGCUUUCCUUGCAAGAAAUCAGCAUGUGCCUCCAUAGUCUGGAAGAGGAAGAGAAAAUGCGAAAAAGAGGUAGAGAUUCAUCCAUGCAUGGUUUGAAGCAAGUAGCUCACAAUGUUAUUGGAGGAGAGUCUCAAUUAGCUCAAGAUUCAUCCUCAAAUUUGACCAUGAAUGCAUCUCAAGUGCAGCAACUGAUACAGUCACUUAAUAGUAAAAAACUUCAAGAAAUUGCUUCAAAUGCAACUACACAGGUAGUCACACCAGUAGGUAUCGUUCUCAUUGCCUCACUUACAAGGUCAACAUCAUCAAAACAAGAUUGGAUUUUAGAUAGCGGUGCCACAAUCCAUAUUGCAUGUGAUUUGUCUCUCUUUCAAACUAUUCACACCUCCCAAAAUUAUUCAGUUUCUCUUCCAAACAAUGAACAGUUUCAAGCUAAUUUCAUAAGAACAGUAGUUGUUUGUUCAAAUAUCACAUUGAAAAAUGUGUUAUAUGUACCUGAUUUUUGUGUCAAUCUUUUGUCUGUCUCAGCCUUUCUUUCAAACACUACUUUUGACAUCACUAUUAGCUCAUCUAAUUUUACAAUCCAGGACACCAAGAUGUUGAAGAAGAUUGGGAAGGGUUGUAUAAAAGCAUUUUAUGCAAUGAUAAAAACUCAAUUUAGCAAGAAGAUCAAGUGCUUCAGGUCCGAUAAUGCAAAAGAGUUGGCAGCAACUGAUUUUCUGCAGGAAAAGGGUGUGCUACAUCAUUUCUCUUGUCCAUAUCGACCACAACAAAAUGCGGUGGUAGAAAGAAAACACCAACACCUCCUCAAUGUUGCCCGAGCUCUAUAUUUCCAAUCACAAGUUCCAAUUACCUUUUUGGGAGAAUGUGUGUCCACUGCAGCCUUUCUAAUCAACAGAACACCAAGUUCCCUACUCAAGAUGAAAUCUCCAUUUGAGUUGUUAUUUGAAAAGUCCCCAAACUACAAGGCAAUGAAGAUUUUUGGAUGCCUUGCCUAUGCUACCACCAAUACCAGUUCUAGAUUAAAGUUUGACCCUAGAGCAGAUACAACUGUGUUCUUCGGUUAUCCAUUUGGCUACAAAGGUUAUAAGCUUUACAAUCUACGAACUAAACAAUUCCUCAUAUCAAUGGAUGUGAUAUUUCAUGAGGACACCAUGCCUUUUGCUCAAAACCCUCAUACUCAACUCAACAAUGACAUUUUCUUUGACGUUGUCCUCCCCAAUCCAAUAUUAGAUUCUGAACCGUUGCCUAAUGCUCCAACAAUUCCAUCAGUACCUAAAAUACCUCAACCAUCAACCACAACCAAUACUCAAUCCCAAAUUCUCCCUCUUAUAGAAAACCAAAUCUCACCUUCUACUUCCAUCCAACCUAGAAGAUCCACCAGGACUAAACAUACUCCCUCCUACCUUCAUGACUACAUUUGCCAUACUAAAUCUCCUUACCCGAUUUCAAACUUCAUCAGCAACCAUAGAUUGAACCACACUUAUCAUAAUUCCAUUUACUAA